AUGAUUAGCUGUUUCUUUAUUUCAGAUAAAAUUUCUAGGCAUGAAGGCCACUGUAGUCCUACUGGUAUUCGCUCUCAACUUUAUCAAUCUGACAGAUUUUCUCAAGACCACUGCUCCACUUCACAAUCAAUAACAGGAUUUUAUCAGUGCAUUCAUUGCCCUGCUAAGCUGACAAGUGCUGCCUUUCUAAAAGCGCACAUAGAAGAAACGCACCAGAACAUAAUGCCAUUUUCUUGUUCAUUGUGUGGUAAAGGCUAUCUCAGCUCCACUGGCCUGUAUCUUCACAUGCUUUUGCAUGAAGGAAAAUCAUUUCAGUGUCCUCUGUGCCAUUGGAAGUUUACACAAAAGUGCAACUUGAAAAGACAUUUGGGCAGAGUUCAUCAUCGAAAUCAGUGUUUAACAUGUGCUCAAAUAUUUCCUUUCGGACAGGAGUAUGACCAGCAUGUUUUGCAAUGUGGAAAAUAA